AACGAGCCAUCAGCCAUGGAGGCGAUAGUGGAGUGGCCGGAGCCCGUCGUCCGAGUCCAAACCCUCGCCGGAGGGGACACUAUCCCCGACCGGUACGUCAAGCCGCCCUCCGAGCGGCCCGACUUGACUGCCACCACGGCCGGACUAGCUAAUGGUGUUCCGGUGAUCGAUUUCGCCUCGCUGGCGGCAGGAGGUGCGACGGAGGCAGUGCAGGCGGCGUGCCGGGACUGGGGCUUCUUCCAGUUGGUGAACCACGGUAUCGGGAGCGCUGCGGCGGCGCGGCGCGUGUGGCGCGACUUCUUCGCGCUACCAAUGGAGGAGAAGCAGCGGUACGCGAACUCUCCGGCGACGUUCGAGGGCUACGGCAGUCGACUCGGCGUCACCAAGGGCGCCCUCCUAGACUGGGGAGACUACUUCUUCCUCCACCUCUCUCCUCCCUCCGACCACGCCAAAUGGCCCUCCUCGCCGCCUCAAUUGAGGGAGAAGACAGAGGAGUACUGUGGGGCGGUGGGGAAGGUAAUUGAGCAGGUGAAGAGGGCGAUAUCGGCAGCGCUGGGGGUGGAGGAAGGGUUCAUGGAGGCGGCGUUCGGGGCGGCGGGGGCGGCGGUGAGAAUAAACUACUACCCCAAGUGCCCGCAGCCGGAGCUCGCCCUGGGUCUGUCGCCGCACUCCGACCCCGGCGGCCUCACCGUGCUUCUUCCGGACGAGCACGUCAAGGGGCUUCAGGUCCGCCACGCCGGCGAGUGGAUCACCGUUGACCCUGUCCUUGGUGGCCUCAUCGUCAACAUCGGCGAUCAAAUCCAGGUGCUGACGAACGGUAAAUACCAGAGCGUAGAGCAUCGCGUGAUCGUGAACGCCGCCGUAGAGAGGCUCUCCAUCGCCUACUUCCACAACCCGCAAGAUGACCUAGUAAUCACCCCCGCCAAUGAAUUCGUGACACGUGCUGAGCCCGCCAAGUAUAAGCCAAUGAAGUACAAGGACUACAAGAUGCAGAUCAGGAUGCGGGGGCCCGGCGGCAAAUCCCACGUGGACUUACUCACAAACACAUGAUUAAUAAUCAUGGACGAAAAUAUUCAACAUUGUUUGUCAAAAAUUAUUAAAUAAAAUUAAAAAUGGAUAAAAAGAUUAAAAGUACACUUUUUUAUUUAUUGGAGUUGU